AUGAAUGUCAUAGGGUCGAAUAGCACUGGUCCGAACGCAGAGAGAGCCCCUAUCCCUCCCAUAGCCGAUGUCAACCUGCUCCGGCAGUGGCUUUACGAUUGCAGCACUAAGCACCUUCAUCCGCAGGAUCCUCUGGAUCAGAAUUCUCGAAUUGGUAAGGUGCUGCGACGUGGAGUACUGAGAGCUAUCAACACGACUACAGGACAAAUAGAAACCCAUGAUUCUUUGGUGCCUUUCGUCGCCCUAUCUUAUGUUUGGGGCCAGACGGUGCACCUUACCCCGAGUCUUGAAUCGAAGACCAUAGCGGAUUAUGCACCGUCCAUACGAGAUGCUGCUGAGCUCGCCGGGUCCAUGAAUAUUGCGUGGCUUUGGGUGGACCGCAUGUGUAUUAACCAAAGUGACGAAACAGAGAAGACAUUUCUGAUACCGUACAUCAAGGACAUUUUUGCGGCUGCGCAACUGACCAUCAUAUCAGCCGCAGGAGAUGGAGCCCACAAUGGCCUUCCGGGAACAAAGAGUACGCCGCGGGAGAAAGAAAGCAUAGUAGAAGUGACGAAUGGACCCGAGAGAUUCAGCUUGCUUUCUAGCCAACCGAGCUUCAAUGCAUUAAGAGGCUGGACCUUUGAGGAGCAAGUCUUCUCCAGUCGCGUUCUCUACAUUUUCCCUACCGAGAUGAUAUUCAGCUGCUGCAAGGGAACAUUUAGGGAAUCUUCAAGGCUGCAUUUCUCCUCCGGCGCUGCAGGCUCCGGAUGGGGUGAUAAUGGAGCCACUCCGCCUAUUGUUGCAGCCGAGAUAAAUGCUAAGAUUCACUCUACACUUCCAGACUCUGGCCACGCCCUAUCGGCAAGGGAUUUCGUACGCGCGGUAGAGGAGUACACAUCAAGAAGCCUUACGGUCGAGGAGGAUAGGGUCAUUGCAUUUGCUGGCUUGAUAACCCUGUCCGGUGGGAAUCCUGGUAGCCAGUUCCCAGAGAGAGCGUUGCUCAAACAUGGACACCCGCCUCAGUUCUUUGAAACGGCAUUGACUUGGCAGCACGAGGAGAGCUUCCAGAAGCGACAGCCACGCAAUCGGAAACUAUUCGUGCCGAGCUGGAGCUGGGCAUCUGCGGGAACUAAGGUUUAUUUCCUUGAUAAUGGAGAGGAGAAUGGCUGA